AUGUAUGUAAUAGGGUCUUGUUAUGGAGUAGACUUGUCGACUACACUGUGGAAAGACAACAAAGGUGUUCGUUUGGCCAAAACAUACGUAGGAGUAUUACCAUUUAAAAAUGAAAGUAAUAACACCCUAAAGGCAUCAAGAUAUGAUCGUGCCCAAAAGAAGAAAAUAGAAAUUGAUUGCCCAAAUAUCAUCCGCGAUUACAAUGCACACAUGGGCGGUGUCAACAUAAUGGACGGUCUUUUGGGUCGAUAUCAUAUUCGCAUGAAAACAGGAAAGUGGACUAGUCGUUUCUUUUAUCAUGUGUUGGACUUUGCCAUGAUAAAUGCAUAUUUAUUACAUAAGAGCAUAAACAGACAAAAUAAAGCAUGCAAUAUACAACUCCCACAAUUUAGAUAA